AUGGUCGUCGAUGGUGCCUCUCUGCCCAUCUCACACUUUGUCGAGCUCAAUGGAUACAACCUGGCCAGCCACACCAUUGCCCUAGAGCAGUCGGUGCUUGGCAAGCCACAUCUCUCGUCCACCCACAAUGAUUUCGCUCUGCAGCCACCUACCGUCUGCGGCAAGCGCUCGCGAUCCAACUCGGAUGCCUCGUCAUCGUCUUCGUCCGCCACUUCGACAUCUAACCAUGCCUCGGUCUUCUCGCCCGACGACGACUCUUCCGAGUCCGCCUUCGGUUCGCAAUUCAGCGUUGGUGAGCAGACGCCCUCGUCGUCUCGCAAGGGAUCCAUGAGUCAGCACGAGCAGCUUGCCGAUUGGCCUGCCGACGUGCUCGCUGCAUCGCACGCUGCAUCUCAGUCCGAGCGCGAACGCUGCGUCAAGCGCAUUCGCCAGCUCGAAGGUAAGGUGGUCAAGCUCGCCUCGGAGUUUGUCACCGCCGCAUCGCAGCCAGCGACUUCGGAUGAGAUCAAUGUCGCACCCGCGGUCGCUGCCCCCCGGGCCGUACCUGCACCCAGCAUCUCUCCUGCCUCUUCCUCGUCGUCAUCGUCGUCCUCGACCGAUAGCUCCAAGACGGCUCUCGUCGACUGCUUAGUUGACGCCUCGUGUCGCACACUCGACAGAAUCUGGAACGCGUCUGCUCCGGCCGCCGCGUGCGAUCUGGCCAAGGGAAAAGACGCUUUCCCGCUUCAGUGCUUUGUGCGCGAGACUUUGCGUCGUGGACGCACCUCCUGCUCUACCUUGCAAGCGGCGCUGCUCUAUUGCGUGAGGCUCGGUCAAGCUACCGAGAAGUCAAGGCAGCUCACGCUGCGUCAGUCUACGCGCGCUGCAGGCAUCGAUGUUGACGUCGAGGAGCAAGCCUGCUCGCCGCUGCACGGUAUGACCAAGGAAGAGCUUUGCAUCAUCCGUUGCCCACGACGCAUGUUCUUGGCUUCGGUCAUCACCGCCUCCAAGUUUGUUCAGGACCGCUGCUACUCGAACAAAGCCUGGUCCAAGAUCUCCGGUCUCACCGUCAAGGACUUGGGCAAGCUCGAGCGCGCUUUCCUCAAGGCCAUCGACUAUCGCCUCAUGGUCUCUGACGGCGAGUGGGAAACCUGGACCGCCGAGCUCAAGCGUGCUCACUCUGCUCAGAACGUCGUUUCCGCCGAGGCUGGCGAUGUUGCCGGUCGACGCAGCAGCCUGAGCCGCUCGCAGUCUGACAACGUCAACAACGCCGCCAUCUCGCCCGACACCGAGCUGCGUGCUGCGAGCCCCUGUGUUCCGUCGCAGGUGCAGCCAAAGUAUCGCCGUGUCGGCGACGCUCAACAGCCGUCGUUGGCUGAAGACAUUGCUCUGCCCUUUCCCCGCGCAGCAGGCGGCGUCGUCGUCUCCGCUGAGAUUUAA